AUGUCUACCGACUGGGACAUUGAUUCUUAUAAAACUGAUUAUGAAAAUAUUGAACAUUGGGAACUCAAGAAAAAAUUUAUGCUUGCUCAUAAAGAUAAAUUUUCAGAAGAUGAAUUAGUUAGCUUAGCUCAGGUUUUUGCUAAUAUUGAAUUCUUGGGCUGCAGAUACCCUGAUAAAACUAUGAUUAGGGUGGCCGAAUUGGCCAAAGGUGUUGUUGAAGAAUUUCGAGAGCAAAGAAAACAUACUUUAAAAAGAACUUUAAUCGGGUCUGAAGAGGCUGCUUCUGCUAAGAUUAAAGGGCAAAAUUUUUUAAAAAACCAAGAAGAAAAUGAUUCGAAUAAAGGUAAAUAUUCUUCUUAUCAUACGAGUACAAAAUCUAAAGAUGUUGAAGAAAUUACAAUUGGUGAUUCUACGGAUGAACCUACCAGUUCUCAUGUGAGUAAAAGACCAAAAUAUGGAGGAGUUAAAACUUUUAAGAUAGAAAAAAAAUGCAAUAGUUCUUCAACAAGUGAAUUACCUUUAGGAAAUUUUGUUUUAUUUCUCGAUGCAGAUAGUCACCCGAUAAGUGAAAUACAAAGAAGUGCCAUAAUAAAUAGGGUUACCCCAAAAUGGUGUUUUGAUGUUGGACCAGAAAAUUCAAAAAUUUGUAAAAUAUAUUUUAAUAAUACAUUUAUAGCAUCAGGUAAAGGUAAAACGACUAAAUUAAGUAAAGAAAAUGCUGCAAUAUCUGCCAUAUCAAAACUAAGAGAAAAUUAUUUUGCUGUUAAGGUCAAAUAUAAAUUUUUUUCUGAUAAAAUAGUGAGUUCAUCUGAUUUAAAUGCAGUUGCAAAUGAAGAAAUUAAGGAAGAUAACAUUGGAAGAAAAUUAAUGAAACUUAUGGGAUGGGAAGGUGGGGGUUUAGGCAGUAAAGGUCAGGGUAUUCAAAAACCAGUGACUUCUAAUUCUAUAACAAUUCAAAGAGGAGGUUUGGGACUUUUUAAAAGUGAUGAAACUAAUUUUGAAGUUUUUAAAGGAAAAAUAAAAGAACAUGUUAAAAAUUGGUUGCAAGAAGAUACCAAUCAAGACUUGGUAUUUUCUAAUGAAUUUACAUUAGACGAAAGAAAAAUAAUUCAUGAAAUAGCAAAACAGUUCUCUUUAAAAUCAAAGAGCUACGGAAAAGACCGAAAUCGGAAUUUAGUUGUUUUCAAAAAAACUAAACCUUUGGAAAUUGUUGAAACAUUAAAAAAAUUAGGAGGAAGUUCAGACAAAUAUGAAUUAAUGUAUCCUACAAAAAAGGGUUGA